UCCCGCACGCUGGACACCGUGCCGCGCGUCGACGUGCCGAAGCUCAUGGGCGCCUGGUUCGUCAUCGCGACGAUGCCGACGCCCUUCGAGAAGGGCGCGCACAACGCCAUCGAAACCUACACCAUGGGCAAGGGCGCGCACUGCGUCGACGUCGCCUUCGAGUACAACAAGAACGCCUUCGACGGCAAGAUCACGUCCAUCCCGCAGCGGGGCUCGAACUGGGUCUCGGACAACCCCGCGGGCUGGAAGGUCUCGCCGUUCUGGCCGCUGAAGAUGCCCUACCUCGUCAUCGACCAGUCGCCGGAGCCGCUCGACGACGACAAUUCCUGGUUCGUCGUCGGCUACCCGUCGCGGAGCUACUGCUGGGUCAUGGCGCGGCGGCCGGAGAUGGACGAGAAGACCUACGACGGCAUCGCGUCGCGCCUCGUCGAGACCCACGGCUACCCGCCGGGCCUCCCGUCCAUGGUGAAGAUCCCCCAGGCCUGGGCGCGCGACAAGGCGACGAAGCUCGGCUGGAAGAAGAAGCACUAAGGUUAGCCGAGC